AUGCAGUCUCUAACAAAAACCGAAUCUUCAGUAAGACCAACACACAGUGCAAAUGUUUUGAAAGAAAAAUUUGUGGAGAUUUAUGAAAAUUUCUUUAAGGGAAAUGAUCCAUCAAUUGGAAAUCCACAUUUUUGGAGCGAGUUAUUUCUGCUUAAAGUUAAUAGUACAUAUUUAACAAAGUGCAUUUCCGAAAUCACUCAAGAUAAAUUAUUAGCAAUCAAAGCAUGUAUUGGCAAUAUUAAUAAAAUCUUUUUAAAAUCUAUUGAAAUGAUGAAUGAUGAAUUAACUAGACGCAAAAUUAAUGCAGUUGAACAAUUGGUUGAUGCGAUCAAACAUUUAAUGGAAGAUGAUCAACCAGAAAUUAGAUACGAAGUAUUACGUCUUGCCAUUAUGGUCGUAUGUGGAAAUAGUAAUAUUAACCAAAAUAGUAUAAACGAGUUCUUCAUGAAGAAUGCCCUAUCAUAUGUUGGUGCUAUAAUUCCAUGGGGAACGAGUGGUUCUACAAAAGAACAACCUGAUAUUUCUGAUAUUGAACAAGCUUUUAGUCAAUUACCAUCCGUCAAUAUAGCAAUCCUUUUAGUUUAUUAUGAUUUUGUGAAUAACAACAAAGAAUUUAUUGCAUAUAUAUCAAAAGCGCUAGCAGAAUAUAAUAUAAAUUCUGAUAAUGAUGGUCUUAAUUUUCUUGAUUUUCUUUCAUUUGCAUCUUAUCUUGUACAACAUAAUCGUUUAACACGUACUGCAAGCUAUGCUAAACUAUCCUUUCUUUUGCUAAUAAUUUUGACUGAGGAUGUAACAUUUGAUAGUUGUAUUUCUGAUAAACAUUCAUUUUUUCCAGAUUCAGGAACUUAUGAUAAUUUAGUUUAUGAGAUAGUAAGGUCAUAUGAAGUCUUUGAAGGUUUAAGCAAAAUAAUCAAUAUACCAAACCCUGUUAAAUCUUCAUCUCAAAAAUUCUCGUCAUCUGAUCAUGCUUUUGUGAAUAUAAAUACUAUUUGUCAACAUUUUCAUUUAAAAAUAGAGGCUUGGAAAGUGACUAAUCGAGUACAAACAUUACUUCCUGAACAGUUCGCUUAUAUUGAAUUUAUAUAUGAAAACAUUACAGCAAUUAUUAAUGCAAAUUAUGAUAGUUUAAAUUUAAUUACACCCGAAAAACUUGAUAAUUACGCCUCUUAUAGUGAAAUACCAUAUAAUGUACCUUUUGCUAGGCAAGUUUUGAGAUUAGUAGUUGAAGAUUUCAAAAGACGUGAAGUAUUAUUAGAUUAA